AUGGCAUCCACUGCUGUAGGUGAAGCCUCUUCUUCUUCUACUCCUCCUCCAACAAGAUCAUGCACAUAUCACGUGUUCUUGAGUUUCAGAGGAGAAGACACUCGUGCAGGAUUCAUUAGCCAUCUAUAUGCCGCACUGGACAGAAAGGGAAUCACAAUCUACAAAGAUGACAUAAACCUUCCCCAAAGCGAGGCCAUUUCAAAUGAACUUCUCAGAGCAAUUGAAGAUUCAAUGUUCGCGGUCGUCGUUCUCUCACCAAACUAUGCUUCCUCUACUUGGUGCUUGGAUGAGCUCCAAAAGAUUGUUGAGUACAAGAACAACCUGGGGCUACAGAUUGUGCCGGUGUUCUAUGGUAUGGAACCUUCUGAUGUGAGGCACCAAAUAAGAACCUUUGAGGAUGCAUUCAGGAAUCAUGAAGGGAGAUUGGGAGGAGACAGUGAGAAGGUCAAGAGAUGGAGAGAAGCCUUAAUACAAGUUCCAUAUAGGCAAGAUGAGGCGACGAUCGUCGAAAGCAUUGCCCAACACAUACAUACAAAGCUCUUCCCAAAAUUGCCACCCUCUGAUGAAAAACUUGUUGGGAUUGCUUCAAAGGUGGAGGAAGUGAUUAAACUUGCAGAUAUUAGGGUGAAUGAUGUCCGUUUUAUAGGCAUAUGGGGCAUGGGUGGCAUUGGUAAGACAACUAUCGCUCAUGCAGUCUAUAAAUCUAUGGAAGAUAAUGAAUUCAAAGUUUGUUGUUUUCUUGAAAUUAUUAGAGAGAACUGCAAGAAAAAGGGAUUAGUCCAAGUACAAAUGGACGUUCUUGCUCAAUGUCACAUUAAGUGUAAGUUAGAUAAUGAGAAUCAGGGAAGAGAAGUAAUAAAAAACGCUUUAUGCAAAAAGAAAGUUCUCCUUGUUCUUGACGACGCAAGUGAUAUAAGCCAAUUGGAUAAUUUGGCUGGAAAGCGAGGUUAUUUGGAAAUAUCCCAAGAAAUUGUUGAGCAUUCCGGUUGUCUACCAUUAGCACUUAAGUAUCUGAUAAGUUGGAGAUGCAUGACUUGCUACAACAUUGUAAGCCAGUCUCCAAAUGAUGGUAGCGAGCUUAGCAGGUUGUGGUCUGCCAAUCAUAUCAAUCGUGUACUCAAACAGAACAAGGUAGUUAAAGAAACUGAGAGUAUCGUCAUAAAGUUUUGUGGGGAUGGACUUGAUGUGCGCGGCAGAAGUUUAGUUUUCUCAUCAAAUAUGUGCAAGCUGAAGUUGCUCAUUUUAGAUGGUGUGACAGCUCACAUAAUCAGCAAUAUUCCUACUUCCUUAAAAGUUCUUCGCUGGACAGAAUGUCCAAUGGAAAGUUUGCCCCUUAAGGAAGAUGAACACUAUGAACUUGUUGAAAUUGAUUUGUCUUACAGCAAAAUUAAACACGUGUGGCAUGGCAAAAAGGUGAACCUUUUCAAAAUCUCUAGAAAAGCUAAAACACUUAGAUCUGUCAGAGUGCAAGCAGCUGAAGCAAAAGCCAGAUCUUCUGGGGCUCCCAAUCUGGAGAAACUUCAUGUUUCAUGUUGUUGUGAGCUGAAUGAUAUUCACUCAUCCCUGGCAGUCCACAAGAGCCUUGUUGAAUUGAAUUUAACAGAAUACCCCAAGCUUAGAACUCUUGCAGUUGGUAAAUUGGAGAUGAGUUCCCUCCGCGAACUUGAUCUUAGCCAAUGCGUGAAUUUGAAGAAACUCACAGAAUUUGGAGAAUGCAUGACAAAGUUAGCAUGUCUUUCUUUGUGUGAUACACCUAUAGAAAGGCUACCCACGACCACGAGCACUGGAUGCUUAAAGAGCCUCUCCGAGUUGCACUUGAGUAUAUGCAGGAAACAUUGUACUUUCGAAGCUACAUGUAUGCCUCUGCGCACAAAUCCUGGAUGCAAGUCAUGCAGCGCUUGUGGCUCCUUAUCAUCACUUGGAAAUUUAGGUGGCCUAACCACGUUGAGGUUAUGGGGAUGCCAAUCCCCUACCUGCUUGAAUGAUUCUGUUUCUGAUGAAUGCCCAAAUCUCAUUGAACUUUUGCUUUCUCUCAAGAGUCAAACCCGUUUGACCACCCUGCAAUUAUUCCAAUGCUUUCCCAAAUCUAGAGACUUGACCACUUUGGAUAUUGGCGAGUUAGAGUCAUUGACGGAUUUGGAUCUAUCUUAUAACAAAUUUGCUAGGGUUCCAAUAAGUAUAUAUAAUCAUCCCAAGCUAAGACGUCUGAAGCUAGAUAACUGCCAUAAUUUGGAGGUUCUGCCAGAGCUUCCACCAAGUCUGAGAGAGUUACACGCACGGGAUUGUGGUUCACUGGAUCCAUCCAGUUUCGGUAUUAUAUUAAAGGCGUGUUCUGCCUUUGCAGCAAAAGCAGCAUCAAAGAGGCGAGAUGGUGAUGACCUCCUGCAAAUGCAGAUGCUGACGACAGGGAAGAAAAUACCAUCAUGGUUUGAUCAUCUGGGAGAAGAUAACGUCGUAUUAGUCCCAUUCCCAGGCAACGAAGGAAAUACCAUCGCACUUGCUCUCUGUUUCCGGUUUCGCGGCAAUUGGAAUUCAUUUCCCGCACUUCCUUCGCUGACCUGCAAUGGUCGAGAGUUCCUCGGGAACAACAGUUUAAUUACGGUGAAGGAGGCUGAACAUUCUCAGCUUUAUUUUAUUCUCUGCCGCCGUUACUGUUUUAGUAGGCUGUUAUUCCGAGACCAAGAUAAUCGCUUCCAAAUGUCAUUUCCUGGUGAUCGUGAUAUCCAAGUACAGCGCUGUGGAUCCCGUUGGGUGUAUAGGGAAGACAUUGAGACUUGA